AUGAAGCUGGGAUAUCUCCACCCACUUGAAAAUAACAUCCUAUGUUCUAGCUGCAAUUCACAUUUAACAAAAAGAUUGUCCAUUUCUUCAGCUUCUAAGUUCCAAGUAGGACGUAGAAUAGAUGGAAUAUUCAUGUCCAUUUUUGACAAAUUUACUCUAGAUGCAACAUUAUUUGAGGGCAAAAAAAGAAAUCGAUUUGGGGGCGGCUGUUGCUCAAGGAUAAGGUUGCUAGGCUGUUCGAAUCUCGAUCGGUAUUCGCCGUCGAUUUCAUUUUUCCACCAUCGUUGUUCACCGGAGUCUGAAGAAUCUUGUUCCGGACGACAGAUCUCGAGGAAAAGCUACUCGAGUCGUUCCGAGGAAGAAACUCUUUCUUAUAACAAUCGAUAUAAUCACAGAUCUUUUGUUAGCGAUCAUGAUCAAAGAAGACAUCGAUACGUUGAUGGUGAUUAUGACAGGGACUAUCGUCGCACGUCUUCACAACCAAAUCAUCAUGGUUUGGAAAACAGAAACAAAGCAGCAGAUGAUGUUUCUGGAAACAACUCAAGAAGUUCUGACGCUACCAAGAAAAGGAAAUUCUCACCUAUUGUCUGGGAUAGAGCUGAGAAGCAGGUGAAGAUAUCCUCCGAGAACAAAAUCCUUCCUACCAAAACUGUUCCCUCUCAAUCUCCUCCAUCCAAAUGGAAGUUUCAAGAUAUUAUUGCAGACACAAAGAUCGAAAUUUCUCCUGUCGAAUCUCUUGUAUCCAAUCUUUCAGAUGAAGUUGGAGUAUCAAGAGUAUCAAGCUCAUUGGCUACGAACACACCUGAAGAACAUGAUCAUGAACCUGAGCACGAAGAUGGAGAAUACGUGGAGGAACGAAACCUAUCCAAAUCAAAGUGGGCUUUCAAAGACUCCCCUCAAAUGGCAUCAAACACCAACAAUUCAAGCCCUGAAAGUGGUGAAUUUAAGCAAGAACACAUCGAAGACAUGAUUGAACAAAUGUCAUGUUUAUCUGCCGAGGAAGAUCAACAGUCCAAGUCUCUUGAUGAUGAAGAAGAAGAAGAAGAAGAAGAAGAUGAUGAUGAUGAUAAUGAAAGAAUCGAAUCUCCUGUAAGCAUGAUGCCAUCCUGUAGAAACGUGUUCGAGUAUGAAAGACUCGGGAAGAUAAGUGAAGGCACAUACGGUGUUGUAUACAAAGCCAGAGACAAAAAAACCGGAGAAAUAGUCGCAUUAAAGAAAGUAAAAAUGGGGAAAGAGCGUGAAGGUUUCCCUGUAACAGCGUUACGUGAGAUCACAAUUCUAGGAUCUUUCCAACACCCAUCAGUUGUAAAAAUGAAAGAAGUUGUUACAGACGAUUUCAAUGGCGUCUACAUGGUUAUGGAAUACAUAGAUCACGAACUCAAAGGCUACAUGGAAAAAACAAAGCAACCAUUCAGUCAAAGUGAAGUGAAACGCCUCAUGAUCCAGCUUCUUCAAGGGUUAGCUUUUCUUCAUGAGAAUUGGGUGAUUCAUAGAGAUUUGAAGACAUCAAACUUGCUUUUGGACAACAAUGGUGAUUUAAAGAUUUGUGAUUUCGGUAUGUCGAGGCAAUACGGGAGUCCAGUGAAACCGUAUACCGCAUUGGUGGUGACACUUUGGUACAGGGCGCCUGAGGUUUUGUUGGGGAUGAAAAAUUACACAACUGCCAUUGACAUGUGGUCUGUGGGUUGUAUAAUGGGGGAGUUGUUGUCAAAGAAGCCGCUUUUUGAUGGGAAUAGGGAGAUUGAGCAGAUUGAUAAGAUUUUUAAGACACUUGGGACCCCGAAUGAGAAGAUAUGGCCCGGGUAUUCAAAAUUGCCGGGGGUAAAAACGUCUUUUGUGAAGCAGAAUGGUAAUAGCUUGAGGAAGAGGUUUCCUGGAGCUAGUUUUAUGGGGACACCUGUGCUUACAGAGAUGGGGUUUGACUUGUUGAAUAGGUUUUUGACUUAUGAUCCAGAGAAGAGGAUUACUGCUGAAGAAGCGCUUAAUCAUGGGUGGUUUCGUGAGAGUCCUCUUCCUGCUGAAUGUGUCAGGAUUUGUAAAUAG